CCGCCCACAAAGCUCCUCCAAACUCCAAAGUCCAAACCCUGCAAAAACCCUACCGGUAAAACCUCCGCGACUCUGCUCUUUCUCUUUUCCCACUCCCAACCCUUCACUGCAACUGUCUUUCUUCCCCUUCAAGCCAGAACCUUCUCUACCGCCCAAAAAAGCCCUCAAAUUUAUUCCCACAGCUGAAAUUCCCCUCUCCCAAGCCUCGCCCGCAUAUGGUUCAUCUUCCAGUCUAGCACCAGAAGGAAGAGCAGCGUAAGAAGAAGCCCCCGUCCCCCAAAAAUGGUGAAAGCGUCUGCAAUUGGGCUGGUCUCAGCCCUUGCGGCCGCUGCUUCAAUCUCCCAAUCGAAGCACUCUAAGAUUGCUUACGCCGAUGGCCCUACUUUCAACUUCAACCCAUUCUCCACUAAUCCCCAGAAUGGUGCUAACCCGCCUCAGAACUCCCCGCAGUCGCACGAAUCGCCGCCGGUGGACCCGGCGCUGGCUGCUCUCGCCACUGAUUCCGUCCCCAAGGGUUCCAGAAAUGACAACCCGAGAACUUCCUCCGCUGGGUUUGACCCAGAAGCCCUCGAGAGGGGCGCCAAGGCCAUCAAAGAGAUUACCUCUUCCUCUCACGCUAAAAAGGUGUUUGAGGUAUUGAAGACGCAGGAGGAAACUAGGCAGAAAGUGAUGGCUACUAAAGCUGCAGAGUUCAAGGCUGCUCAAGCUCAAGCUGAAACUGAAAGGCAAAGGGUUAUGUAUGAUGAGCAGAAGAAGUUGGCUUCACAUCAAGCCCAAGUUAAGUCGCAGAUGGCUCGAUAUGAGGAUGAACUAGCAAGGAAGAGAAUGCAGGCAUGUAUAGCUGAUAAUGAACACCAAAGAGCGAGGAAUCAAGAGCUCGUGAAGCUGCAAGAGGAGUCAUCGAUCCGGCAGGAGCAAGCUCGACGAGCUACAGAGGAACAGAUCCAGGCUCAACGAAGACAAACCGAGAGGGAGAAGGCCGAGAUAGAGCGAGAGACAAUCAGAGUGAGAGCUAUGGCAGAGGCAGAAGGGCGAGCCCACGAGGCAAAGCUGGCUGAAGAUGUCAACAGAAGAAUUCUGGUUGAUCGUGCAAAUGCUGAACGAGAGAAGUGGGUUGCUGCCAUCAAUACUACGUUCGACCACAUUGGCGGGGGAUUGAAAGCGGUUUUGACUGAUCAGAAUAAGCUGGUUGUUGUGGUUGGAGGAGUGACCGCUCUUGCAGCAGGAAUUUAUACAACAAGGGAAGGUGCGAAAGUGAUGUGGAGCUACGUAGAUAGGAUACUAGGACAACCUUCCCUAAUCAGGGAGUCCUCCAGAGGGAAGUACCCUUGGUCUGGAAUUUUCAAACGCGGCAUGAGCACUUUGACCUCCAAAGGAGCUCCUGCUCCUAAUGGAAACGGGUUCGGGGAUGUCAUCUUACAUCCUUCUCUCCAGAAGAGAAUUCAACAGUUGGCUAGUGCAACUGCUAAUACGAAAUCUCAUCAAGCACCAUUCAGGAACAUGCUCUUCUAUGGCCCUCCUGGGACUGGGAAAACCAUGGCCGCCAGAGAACUCGCUCGUAAAUCAGGAUUAGAUUAUGCAUUGAUGACUGGUGGUGAUGUUGCUCCAUUAGGCUCUCAGGCUGUUACCAAGAUCCAUCAAUUGUUUGAUUGGGCGAAGAAGUCUAAGAGAGGCUUGUUGCUGUUCAUAGAUGAAGCAGAUGCGUUCCUAUGCGAGCGGAACAAGAUUUACAUGAGCGAGGCACAACGAAGUGCGCUGAAUGCACUCCUCUUCCGAACUGGAGACCAGUCCAAGGACAUAGUCCUAGCCCUAGCCACGAACAGGCCCGGAGACCUUGACUCAGCUGUGGCAGACCGUGUGGAUGAGGUCCUCGAGUUCCCCUUACCCGGUGAAGACGAACGGUUCAAGCUCCUGAAACUUUACCUUGACAAGUACAUCGCUCAGGCAGGAUCGAGACAAUCCAAGGGCAACUGGCUGAAGAGGUUGUUCAGUAGACAACAGCAGCAAAGAAUCGAGAUCAAAGGGUUGACCGACGAUAUCCUUAGAGAAGCAGCAGCGAAGACCGAGGGAUUCUCCGGACGAGAGAUUGCGAAGCUGAUGGCUGGGGUUCAAGCUGCAGUGUACGGAAGCCAUGACUGCGUGCUGGACCCGAAUCUGUUCCGGGAAGUAGUGGACUACAAAGUUGCAGAGCACCAGCAGAGGAGUAAGCUUGGGUUGAAAUCGGAUGGGAAGAGCAACUGAUUUGGGUUGUGAGAGAGGUUCUGGUGUUUGUGGCGGAUGGUAUCACUUUGCUGCUCAUAUGCUAACCAGAGAAGCCAAUGGAUUGGUUGUUCUUGCUUCAUAAUGUGAGUUAUGAUCGUCAUAUUAAUCCCCGUGAUUGAAUUUGUCUGAAAAUUUUGCUAGUGGGAUCGAUAGAUAAUAAUAAUUCUUUUCUCAUGCUUUGAUUCUUGUCAUUUUGUCCUGAAACGGAAGGAUUAAGGAUGUGAAGCAUUGCACUAUCAACAAUGGCACUACUUUCAAAACAAUAAAUGAGCAUGAUAUACUAGUUGAUAGUGUUGGU